AUGUCUGUCCCCGAAGGUGAACAGAUCGUCAAGCUUGUCUCCAGCGAUAACAUCGAGAUCGAGACCGAACGCCAGAUUGCCGAGCGCAGCAUGUUGAUCAAGAAUAUGAUCGAAGACCUCGGUGCGCCAGGCGAGGAGCCCAUCCCAAUCAUGAACGUCUCCGAAGCCGUCCUCAAGAAGGUCCUCGAGUGGUGCACCCACCACAAGAGCGACCCCGCGCCUACCACCGACGAUGACGCCGACUCGCGCAAGAAGACCACCGACAUCGAGGACUGGGACCAAAAGUUCAUGCAGGUGGACCAGGAGAUGCUGUUUGAAAUCAUCCUCGCUGCCAACUACAUGGAUAUCAAGGCGCUCCUCGACGUCGGCUGCAAGACGGUCGCUAACAUGAUCAAGGGCAAGUCGCCCGAGGAGAUCCGCAAGACCUUCAACAUCCAGAACGACUUUACGCCGGAGGAGGAAGACCAGAUUCGCCGCGAAAACGAGUGGGCCGAGGAUCGCUAG